UUGGAGUGGGUUGUUUUAAGAAUCCUUGGGAGAUAAAAUAAGAUAAUUGGAAAGUGAGUUAACAGAAACUACCAACUAAAUCAGCACCUGUUUUUUAGUUUUUAAAAAUUACCUGGUAAAAGUUAAUUUGUGAAAAACGUAGAAAGCGUUGAGCGACUUUUCACUAAACGCCAAAAAUAAGAAAAUUUUUUAAGAACGAAAGCAAUCGAUACGCACGCACAUCACUGGUCGAAGGGAAGGGAAGAGAAGAGACGAAGUGGAUAACCGCGUUAGUGGCCACGGUCACGACACUAUUGUGGUCACAGCAACGCUUCUUUGUUUAUAAAACAUACACAAAUUAACACAGUUUCUAAAACACAAACAAAUUAAAACAGCUAGUCGAAAAAUUAAUUGCAUAUAAUAAAAAAUACAUAUAAUGGAGCACAGUCCGUCAAAUGCCACCUUGAAUAUGACUGGUACCACCGGUAAGCGCCCACAUCAGUCGACAAGUCAGCGUAAAAAAUCCGGGCCCAAGUUCGAGCUAUCAGAAGCACAAAAAGCCGAUAUUAAAGAGGCGUUUGAUUUGUUCGAUACUGAAUGUACCGGCUUUAUUGAGGUUAAAGAGUUGAAGGUUGCCAUACGAGCGCUUGGCUUUGAACCAAAAAAGGAGGAAAUCAAACGUAUGAUUGCCGAAAUCGACAAGGACGGUACUGGCCGCAUAUCCUUUAACGACUUCCUUCAGCUAAUGACCAUGAAAAUGGCCGAAAAGGAUACCAAAGAGGAGAUAUUGAAAGCUUUCCGCCUCUUCGACGAUGAUGACACCGGUUCGAUUUCAUUCAAAAAUCUAAAACGUGUGGCACGUGAAUUGGGCGAAACAUUAACUGAUGAAGAGUUACGCGAAAUGAUUGAUGAAGCUGAUUUGGAUCAUGAUGGUGUAGUUAAUCAGGAUGAGUUUUUGCGUAUUAUGAAAAAAACUAGUCUAUAUUAGAUGAUGAUAGCAGAUAAGAGAUUUUUGUAUGAUGGAAGAUUAAUACAUUGAUUACAUGAGGUCAUAUUAACGUACCAACGGCUAUUUUUGUUAAAACUUUUAUAAAUUAAUUCUAUUUUUCCUGUUUUUCUACAUUAUUAUUUUUUGAUAUUUCAGUUUAUGUUAUGAUUUAAGGAAUUGCUGCGCAUACUCACUCAAAUAGAUACCUGUACUUAAUUAUAAUUAUUAUUUGGCUUUUGUUAAAUUCAUUUAUUUUUAUAUUUGAAUAUGAGAUAUGUUUGCUCUCUGCGAUAGUUGAUUUCAAAUAUGUGGAAGCAUUUAAUUUUAAAGCGAAUUUCAAGUGGCAUACAUAUAUAGUAGUGGAUUUGAAAAAUAGAAAUGAUAAUUCACAUUACAUUUGAA